UUUUUUGUUUUCUAAUUCCGACUAGUUUGUGAACGCGGCAUUUUCUUCACACGUCAUCACUAAAACACACACUGAUGUAAUCAAACAGAGACUUGGAUUGGAUAGUUGUCCGCGCACCAAGCUAAUUAAUUAUUUGACAUGAGUUUUCAAACUAUCGUCCCAGAUAGGAACACCGAAAAUGCGAAUGGAAUCAGAAUAAGUAGCUAGCUAGCUAUUUAUGCUACACGCAUAGGAUUUGCUCUCGACGAACGGCCUUCAGUUCUGUAUGGAACUGCAGAAUGUGCCUUACACACACCAGUCACCAUGAGAUUACCAAAAUUGGCCAGUGUUUUUGUCUUCUUGGGCUGCCUGGCAGCUUACCUGAUGUUUGUUAAGCGCCACUAUGAUGGUGUAAGGCCAGCCAUCUCCAAAAUACCACCUCACUUCCCACACAGAUUGGGCUUGUCGGGCAGUCCCAACAGACCAACAUCCUCAGAAGUGGUCAGCGGACGUUUCCAUUAUGGCGUUAUGUUUGAUGCUGGGAGCACAGGGACAAGGAUCCAUGUCUUCAAGUUUCAGCUGGAGGACAACGAGGCUCCUAAAUUGGCACAUGAAACAUUCAGAGCAAUAAAACCAGGUCUAUCUGCAUAUGCCGAUGACCCAGAAAAGUGUAAAGAAGGGAUCCUGGAGCUGUUGGCUGUGGCCCAAGGCAGCAUUCCCUCCUCCGUAUGGAGCAGCACUCCUCUGGUCCUCAAGGCCACUGCAGGCCUCCGUCUUUUGCCUGGGGAGAAGGCCACACACCUACUGGACAGGGUGAGGGAGGUGUUUGGGGAGUCUCCAUUCUUGUCCAGAGGGGACAGUGUGUCCAUAAUGGAUGGCACUGAUGAAGGGAUCUCUGCUUGGAUCACUGUCAACUUCCUCAUAGGGGGUCUCCACGGCUCUGACACACCCACUGUGGGGAUGCUGGAUCUGGGAGGGGGGUCCACCCAGAUCACCUUCUCCCCCCAGGAUGAGAAAACCAUCCAGACCUCACCCAUCAACUACAUUACAUCAUUUCAGAUGUUCAACAGCACCCACACACUCUACUCACACAGCUACCUUGGUCUAGGCUUGAUGUCGGCAAGACUAGCUAUCUUGGGAGGAAUCGAGGGACAGCCUUUAGAGGGCAGCAGCACAGAGCUAGUAAGCCCCUGCUUGGCCCCGGAAUACUCUGGCCAAUGGGAACAUGCAGAAGUUCUGUAUACUGUGAAGGGCCAGAAGGCAGGAGAGCCCAUUUAUGAGUCAUGCCUUAGGAAAGUGGAGAAGAUGCUGUAUAGAAAGGUGAAGAAGGCAGGGGAAGCCAAAGAUAUGGAAUUCUAUGCCUUUUCCUACUACUAUGACAGAGCUGUGGAUCUGGGUGCUAUUGAUGAGAAAACAGGAGGGACUAUAAAAGUCAGCGACUACAUUGAUGCUGCCAAGAGAGUGUGCAACGAAAUGGCGGUUACUUCAGGAGAGAAUCCUUUCCUUUGUCUGGAUCUAACCUACAUCUCUGGGAUGCUGCAAGAGCUUGGUUUCCCCAAAGAUAAAGUAUUUAAGCUGGCGAGGAAGAUUGACGAAGUGGAGACUAGCUGGGCUCUGGGGGCUACUUUCCACUACAUCGAGUCCCUCCGCAGUCAGUGAGCUGCCAGUCUCUCCUCUCACUUGUCACUGCCAUGAUGUGCCAGUGAUUCUGUGCUGCAAAGUAUGGUAUGGGAAAAUGCCCCCUGGUGAUUGUACCUGUUAAGUUUUAUCAAAAUGUGAGUUUAUAUUACCAGUCGCCUUUGGAUGUUUGACUUAUCUUUUGGCAGGUGUGAUUGUUUUGUACUUAUAAAGGAAUGUUAGUUGUAUAGUAAUCAAGCACAUGGUGUAUUUUGAAGGAGCAUGACCUAUUACAUAUUUGGUAUUUUUAAAUAUAAAGUUGUUAAAAUGUUAAUGUCUGUACAAUUGUAUACGGUUCAGAAUCAUGAACAAAAAUAUUGAAGGCAUAUGUAUUUUGAAUGAUAAAACAAAUUGAAACAAUUUACAGAUUCAAUACCUUUAAUAGCAUAUUCUGCUCAGACAAGCCAUAGCCUAUACCACUGACAUAUUUUCACUAUUAAACAGAAUUGAUCUUCAACAUGACAUUGGGGAGCAGCAUAUCCCCAGUCUCAUAGGAAUGCAUCACACCACUCGUUCAGGCACUGGGAGCAGGAUGCAGCAUUCCUGGUGUUGGCUCCGCUAGUGACCUUCAGCCACUCCGUGAACAGCUCCCCGUCCUUCCGCAGCAGCAGGAACUGACCCAGGACCACAAAGGCCUAAAAAUAAGAGAUGCAGCAGUUAUCCUAAAUUAGGAAAUAUUACUUUGUUGUGGGCCUGUUCUGACUGCAGGUCAGCGAUGUGGGGCUACUGUCCAUGGUGGAAGAUCAAAACAAUCCUGGUCCUGGGCACUCAGUGGUGCUCUUCUUUUUGUUCUUGCCUAGCACUAACACCUGAUUAGCGAAUUAGGGGCUUGAUUAGUUGAAUCAGGUGUGUUGGUGCUACAGGGAUAGAACAAACAUGUGCAUGUAGGAUCAGGAUUGAGACACCCAAAAAUCCAUAAACUGAAAACACUUACCCUUUUACAAUAGGGCCUAAAAGUCCCCAUUUGCCAAGGCAAACUCAAUGCGAACUUCAGAGAGCUGCCCAUUUCUGAAAAAACAAAAAUAAAAUUUAAUUGAAUGAAUUUGGCAAAUGUAGCCAUCUAGUCUUGAAUGUAUGGAAUUUGAAGUGCUGGGUCAUCCACAGUAUGCUAGUAAAAAGGAACAAAUGUACUCACUUUGUCAAAAUCUUGCUCCUCCAGUAUCUUUCAGAAGACUUCUCCAAUUCCCGACAGUGAGUCAGUGCAGUUUAUCACUCAUCGGUUCGGCAACAAAGUCCCCUGAGAAGCGGUCAACAUUUCUACAAGAGACAGCUGUGCAAUGAUAGACUAGUAGUCAAACAACUAGGUUGUCUACCCUCUCACCCUAAUAACAGAUCUAGUUGUUUCUAUGAGCCAUAGGCCUAAAUCUUGCACUUAAUAUUCCAGUAGGUCUAAACAUGUUGAAAUAACUAGCAGAGAUGUUCACAAGUCUUUGAGGUAGAGUCCAAGUCAAGUUUCAAGUCCCUUUUGUCAAUGGCUUUCUGCCUGCUGUUGGUUAGGUCUAUAAACCUGGUAAAUUAUUUGAAGACUCCCUUUUUUGCAGGUGGUGGUGGUUGUUCUUCUCCACUACUGCUCUCUGUAACGGUGAUGCAUUGUCCCUACCAAUCACACUCUCCUUCAAUUCAGCUUGAUCUUCAUAUGGUAUGAGGAUGGCAUCAUGAUCAAGCCAGAACAGGUGGAAAGAAAGGUCCAGCAGUGCAGCCAUUAUGUAUACAUGGUCACCAAAUGGAAGUUUUGUUGCCUGUUCAUCCAAGUGCUCCAUUCUGACAUUCACAAACAACCCCUGGAAUCAGCGUUUGAGUGACUGCCGCAGUGCUUUCACUAGACUGACUAGGUGACGACUUGUGCUCAGUAUACUUUGCAGAUGGUAGUUGAGUGACAGUACACAAGGAAGGGCAGCACUGAGUCACCACUUUCUCCCCCUGAAUAAGGGCGGUGGCUUGGACAAAAGGGUCCAAAAUGUCCGCUGGCUCCAUUCCCCUGGUGAUAAACAGCUCAGCUUCAAAAUGCUUCUUUCAGACCACAGGUAGUAUGUGGUAAGCUGCAAAGUUUAGUUACUGUUGGAGGAUGAUAGCCUAGGUGUUGGAGCAUUGGGUCAGUAACCAAAAGCUUGCCAGCUGACAAGGUAAAAAUGUGUCGUUCUGAACAAGGCACUUAACCCACUGUUCCUAGGACGUCAUUGUAAAUAAGAAUUUGUUCUUAACUGACUUGUUGUCCUUUUAGUGGUCUGUGAGGUGCCGUCGAUCCUCAACUUCAACCUGGGCAAACGUCCCACCAUAAAGAAUGAAGUUACAAGGAAAGAGCUGGAAAGCAGAAUUGAGGGCCCCGAAAACUUCUUGAAAUGUUGUCCAGCAUACACAGAACAGAAAUAUAAAUGCAACAUGUAAAGUGUUGGUCCCAUGUUUCAUGAGCUAAAAUAAAAGAUCCCAGAAACUUUCCAUACACAAAGAAGCUUAUUUCUCUAAAAUGUUGUGCACAAAUGUGUUUAUAUCCCUGUUAGUGAGCGUUUCUCCUUUACCAAGAUAAUAGAUCCACCGUCCAGGUGUGGCAUAUCAAGAAGCUGAUUAAACAGCAUGAUCAUUAUACAGGUGCACUUUGUGCUGGGGACAUUAAAAGGCCACUCGAAAAUGUGCAGUUUUGUCACAACACAAUGCCACAAAUGUCUCAAUUUUUCUUUUUACCUCUUUUCGUGAUAUCCAAUUGGUAGUUAGUCUUGUUCCAUCCCUAUGGACUCGGGAGAGGUGAAGGUUGAGAGCCAUGCACCCUCCAAAACACAACCCUGCCAAGCAGCACUUCUUGACACACAGGUCGCUUAACUCGGAAGCCAGCCGCACCAAUGUGUCGGAGGAAACACCGUCCAGCUGGCGACCGGGGGCAGCUUGCAGGCGCCCGACCUGCCAUAAGGAGUCACUAGAGCGCGAUGGGACAAGGAAGUCCCGGCUGGCCAAACCCUCCCCUAACUGCGAUCCUGUGCCUUAGACCGCUGCUCCACUUGGGAGGCCCGAUGUCUCAAGUUGAGGGAGUAUGCAAUUGGCAUGCUGACUGCAUUAAUGUCCACCAGAGCGGUUACCAGAGAUGUGAAUGUUCAUAAGCCGCCUCCAACGUCGUUUUAAAGAAUUUGGCAGUACGUCCAACCAGCCUCACAACCGCAGACCACGUGUAACCACGCCAGCCCAGGACCUCCACAUCCGACUUCUUCACCUGCGGGUUCGUCUGAGACCAGCCUCCCGGACAGCUGAUGAAAUGGAGGAAUAUUUCUGUCUGUAAUAAAGCUCUUUUGUGGGUUGAGCGGGUGUUAAGUGUGGCUUGUCCUAUGAGGAACAAACCAAAAAUAUUCCUCACAGUAUGGAAGUCACCCACCCCCCUUGCUUCUGUAGAAAUGAUUAACACCAUUAAUUUGGAUUUUUUUUUUUUUUUCAGGACUAACUCCUCCAGCAGAUUUCUCAAGAUUUGGGGUCUGUUUCUGGCAGUGUUGUAAAAAUACUUUAAAGUACUACUUAAGUAAUUUUGGGGGGUAUCUGUCCUCUACUAUUUAUGUUUUUGACUACUUUUACUUUACUAUAUUCCUUAAGAAAAGAUUGUACUUUUUGUUCCAUACAUUGUCCUUGACACCCAAAAAAUACUCAUUACAAUUUGAAUACUUGGCAGGACAGGAAAAUAGUCCAAUUCAAGCACUUAUCAACUGAACAUCCCUGGUCAUCCCUACUGCCUCUGAUCUGGCAGACUCACUAAACACACAUGCUUCGUUUGUAAAUUAUGUCAAUGUUGGAAUGUGCCCGUGGCUUUCUGUAAUUAAAAAAAAAAACUAGAAAA